GCUUGCUAAAGCUGUAAUCCUGAAGGAAGUACUCAAGAAAAAUGACUCAUUGGUUUCAUCGAAACCCUUUGAAAGCUACAGCUCCUGUCUCAUUCAAUUAUUAUGGGGUGGUCACCACUCCUGCUGCAACAAAGAUGUGCAAUGAUUUAAGGUUAUCAAGAACACAGCUCCUGGAUCUUUUUACAGAUUUGAGUUGUACUCCAGAUAUGAUGAAAAAUUCGACUGAUACUUAUUUCUCACUCUUGAAAGGGUUCAUCGUUUCACUGGAUGACUCUUCGCAAGACAGCAAGUUGAGAUACAUUCAGAAUUUUAAGUGGACAGAUACCUUACAAGGGCACGUACCAAGUGCCCAGCAAGAUGCUGUGUUUGAGCUUGUUUCCAUGGGAUUUAAUGUGGCUUUGUGGUAUACUAAAUACGCAUCCAGGCUGUCUGGGAAAGAAGACAUAACAGAAGAUGAAGCAAAAGAUGUCCACCGAAGUUUGAAAAUGGCAGCUGGGAUUUUUAAACACUUAAAGGAAAGCCACAUCCCUAAAUUGAUCACUCCAGUAGAAAAGGGACGAGAUUUAGAAGCUCGGCUUAUAGACUCCUACAUCAUCCAGUGCCAAGCUGAAGCGCAAGAAGUGACAAUUGCCCGAGCUAUUGAGCUGAAACACAAUCCUGGUCUAAUAGCUGCUCUGGCCUAUGAAACAGCCAAUUUCUACCAAAAAGCAGAUCAAACACUGUCAAGUCUGGAUCCAGCAUACACAAUUAAGUGGCGAAAAUACCUUCAUUUGAAGUCCAGUUUCUAUAUGGCCUAUGCUUACUGCUACCAUGGCCAAACCCUCUUGGCUGCUGAUAAAUGCGGAGAAGCAGUAAGAUCUCUGCAAGAAGCAGAAAAAUUUUUUUCCAAGGCGGAAGCAUUGUGCAAAGAAUAUGGUGAAACCAAAGGGCCUGGAACUACAGCUAAGCCUUCAGGGCAUCUCUUUUUUAGAAAACUGGGAACUCAGGUGAAAAAUACCUUGGAAAAAUGCCUGCGAGAAAAUGGAUUCAUCUAUUUCCAGAAGAUUCCCCCAGAGGCUCCUCAGUUGGAGCUAAAGGCAAACUAUGGUCUUGUUGAGCCUGUUCCUUUUGAGUUCCCUGCCGUGCACGCACACUGGACACCAGAAACCCUCGCUGCAUUUGAUCUCACCAAGAGGCUAAAGGAGGACAGUGCUAAACCGAAGCCAGAAGAGGAAGUGAAACCUGUCAAAGAGCCCGAUAUAAAACCUCAAAAAGACACGGGUUGUCAGAUUUCUUAAACUCCACAAGUGCAUUGAAUACCCCUUGUAAGCUGCAUUUUGCAAACUCUGGGGUUUCAUUGUUUACCCCCUUUGCUGAUUCUUCUGGACUCCUU